CGCGUCGCCGAGCCCGCGCCACCUGUCCACGCCGGCACGACUCGCAGCCGCACUCGCCGCUCCGCUGAAUGAAACCCCUCACCCUAUCAUGAUUUCAGACGCUACUCCUAAUUAUCAAGUGCUAUAACGUCUCCUGUAUGGUGGCCGCGAGUGGUGGUGCCCGGGGUGCGCGCGGGUAAACAACCGGUCCAGAUAGGAAGCUGCGUCGGCUCACGCCCGACUACAGUGGAAUGCGGCAAUUUUAACUACUGCGGACCACGGGACCCCAUUUACGAAUAGGGAUCGAACAAUACUGACCAUACAAGAACAGUUUUUCUCGGUGUUGGAGAGUUGUAUGCGGCUCUGGAAUAGUGUCUGGCUGUGGUCGGAUGCAGCGAAUGGUGAUGCAUCAACGAUGAGUCGCCGCGCGCGGCCGUGACAUGGGAGCGCAGGCAUGGGCUGGCGCGCCGUGCAACCGCCGCACAUCGCCGCCGGCUUGCUGUUACUGCUGCUAGCCAACCUGCCAGUGACCUGCCACCAAGACCACCAAGAUGCUGUGCAUAUCACGGCGAUCCUCGGCGAGAGCGUCGUGUUCAACUGCCAGGUGGACUUCCCUGAAGACAUCCCGGUGCCGUACGUCUUGCAGUGGGAGAAGAAGGUAGGCGAAACGGGACAGGACAUCCCGAUCUACAUCUGGUACGAGAGCUACCCGACGCACAGCGGCGAGGGCUACGAGGGGCGAGUUUCCCGCGUGGCCCCGGACUCGCCUUACGGCGCGGCCAGCCUCAACCUCACUAAUAUCCGCGAGUCUGACCAGGGGUGGUACGAGUGUAAGGUGGUCUUCCUCAACCGGUCCCCCAACCAGCACAAGAACGGAACCUGGUUCCACCUCGACGUGCACGCGCCACCGCGCUUCUCCAUCACACCGGAAGACAUUAUCUACGUUAAUUUAGCAGGAGAUGCUAUCAUCCUCAACUGCCAGGCCGAGGGCACGCCCACGCCCGAGAUCCUGUGGUACAAGGAUGCGAACCCCGUGGAACCGUCAGGGACCGUGGGCAUAUUCAACGACGGGACUGAGCUGCGCAUCAGCAACAUCCGACACGAAGACAUCGGCGACUACACCUGCAUCGCGCGCAACGGCGAAGGGCAGGUGUCGCACACCGCACGCGUCAUCAUCGCCGGCGGUGCUGUUAUUACCAUGCCCCCGACAAACCAAACGAAGCUAGAGGGGGAGAAGGUCCAAUUCUCUUGUGAAGCUAAAGCACUGCCAGGGAAUGUGACUGUGAAGUGGUUCCGCGAAGGCGCGCCAGUGGCGGAGGUGGCAGCACUAGAAACACGUGUAACCAUCCGGCGAGACGGCGCGCUCGUCAUCAACCCGGUAGCCGCUGACGACUCCGGACAGUAUCUCUGCGAAGUUUCCAAUGGCAUCGGAGACCCGCAGAGCGCAUCGGCCUAUCUUAAUGUUGAAUAUCCAGCGAAAGUAACGUUCACGCCUACGGUACAAUACCUUCCCUUUCGACUCGCUGGAGUGGUGCAGUGCUACAUAAAAGCGAACCCGCCACUACAGUAUGUCACGUGGACGAAAGACAAGAGGCUUCUAGAGCCCUACCAGACGAAGGAUAUCGUCAUCAUGAACAAUGGCUCGCUACUCUUCACACGCGUCAAUCAGAACCAUCAAGGAAGAUAUACGUGCACGCCUUACAACGCGCAAGGGACUCAAGGGUCGUCAGGUCCUAUGGAAGUUUUAGUGCGGAAGCCACCUGUGUUCACUGUAGAACCAGAACCUUUAUAUCAACGAAAGGUGGGAGAAUCGGUAGAAAUGCACUGUGAGGCGCAAGAAGCCGAGGGAACGCAGCGACCCAGCGUGACGUGGCGACGGCGUGAUGGUCUACCGCUGCAGAAGAACCGAGUCCGGGCGCUCGGGGGAAACAUCACCAUUGACACGCUGCGUCGGCAGGACUUCGGCAUCUAUCAGUGCGUCGCUUCUAACGAGGUGGCAACGAUAGUAGCGGACACGCAGCUGGUGAUAGAGGGGACGCAGCCGCACGCGCCGUACAACGUGUCUGGCACGGCGACGGAAUUCUCUGUGACGCUGCGCUGGCAGCCCGGGUACGCCGGCGGGCCCGACUACAAGCAGGACUACACCAUCUGGUACCGCGAGGCCGGCUUCUCCGAGUGGACCAAAGUGCCCGUCACUCCUUCUGGUGCUACUUCUGUAACUAUAAAUAGACUCCAGCCAGGAACGACCUACGAAUUUCAAGUGAACAGCAAAAACACAAUAGGCGAAGGGAUGAUGAGCAAAGCUAUAACGAUACGAACUCUCGAUGUAGGUGCCAGACCGAAGGCGCCGCCAAGCUCUCCGGGGCCUGUAGACGAGAAAAUAUUCGUAAACGCUCCCAGGGACUCGGGUCCUCGGCCGGGCAACCCUCGCAACCUGACUGUGACAGAGGUCCAUAAUGGGUUCCUGAUCACGUGGCAAGCGCCGCUGGAGCGCGCCAACCUGGUCCAAUACUACACCAUCAAGUAUCGCACUGACGCUCAGUGGAAGACGCUCAAUCGGGGACAGAUCCGCCCUGAGGAGACUAGUUAUUUAGUGAAGAACCUGGUCGGAGGCCGUACGUAUUACUUCCGGGUGCUAGCAAACUCUGCCACCAGCUACGAGAGUUCUGAGGAAGUGAAGUUCCCGGUGCCAGCGAGGGUGAAGCACAAAGCGAUCACGGCGGGCGUCGUCGGAGGGAUCUUGUUCUUCAUCGUGGCUAUUAUUCUGUCAGUGUGCGCCGUCAAGAUCUGCAACAAGCGCAAGCGCCGCAAGCAGGAGAAAGCAUACAACAUGGUAGCCGCGCGGCUCACCGACCUCCGCGCCGCAGACAGCACUCAAGUGCCUUUUAAGAAAUUUAGAGAAAGCGGAAUAUCGAGUAUAGUGCAGUGUCUGAAGUUCACGGCCAACUGGGUGUGGCCGGCGUCGCGGUGCGGCGGCGAGCCGCAGUACUGGGCGCGGGCGGCGCCGGCGUCCUGGGCGAGCGCCUCGUCGCGCGCCUCGCCCGCGCCCUCGGCCUCACCCGCGCCCUCGUCCUCCGACGACGGCGGCUUCCUGCCGCGCAUGCGCGCGCCGCUGCAGCCGGCCGCCGCGCCGCCGCUGUUCCGCGCGUCCUCGCCCGCGCUCGCGCUGAACUGGCCGCCGUGGCCGCCCUGGCCGCCGUGGGCCGCCGCCUGGACGCCCUGGUCGCCGCUGCACAUCUCCGACCUCAGCUCGGUGCCCUUCCCGAGCUCCGCCGAGGGCUCCUUCCCGAGCUUCCCGACACCGCCUUCGCCGUUCCGCCUGCGCUCGCUGCCGCACGCGCCACUAACGCUGCGCACGAGCGGGCCGUUCGUGCGGUCGCGCGCGCGGCCCGUGCCGCGCCACGUGCGACCGCGCGGCGCCGCCGAGCUGUCCCCGCCGCCGCACGAGGCGUCGCCCGAGAGCCGCUCGUCGUCGAGCGGGUUCGGCAGCAAGAACGCGUCGUCAUCGCAACACAACCGCAGCAGCCGCACGGGCAGCCUGGCGGAGUGGCGGCCGCCGCCGUACCGCGCGCCGCCGCCCGCGCCGCCGCCGCGGCCCGGCUCGGGUGAGGCGGCGGACGCGGGCUGGCCCGGCCCGGGCGAGGCGGCGGACGCGGGCUCGGUGGACGUGCACUACGAGUGGGACCGCGCCACGCGCACGCCGACGCCGUCCACGCCGGAGCGGCCGCGCGCGCGCCCCUCGCGGGACGACGUGGAGGCGCGCGUGCGGGCCAUGAAGGAGGAAUUCCUGGAGUUCCGCAAGCGGCAGGCGCUGCGGCGGCGCUCGCCCGAGCCGCUGGGCCCACCGCCGCCGCUGUCGCCGCUGCCGCCGCUCGCCACGCUGUCCGCGCUGCCGCUGACCCCGCUGGCGCCGGCGCCCGCCGAGACCGUCUGCUGACGCCGCGGCUCCCCCUCGCCCAUCCUCCGGCUGAUGUUCCUCCGGCAAAACUUGAUAUCGAAUUAUAUCAUCCAACUCCGUUAAGUAUCGUUUUGCCGUAGGACAGAGUACUUCGCUCGCUCCCCCACCGAAACCCUGCAUAAUUUACCCAAAAUAAUGCUUGGUACUUACUAAUUACUUCUGACACUUAGAACUCGACUUAGAAUUCGAUAUAACUUCGAUGAGUCCAAUCUUUAUUUGAAAUAAUGCGCUUGAACUGCUUUGUAACGUAUUGAAAACGAAUAAAAUUAAAGAAAUGCCUUUGUCGAAAGUGGUCUACCUCAUUGACGAGUUAGUUGCGGCUGCGAGAGCCCGGGCUUAGAUAGUUGAUAAUAAACUUCCGACAGUUUUGUCUGUAGGUAGAGCAUUUUAAGAUCACACUGCCCGAUAUCGUGUUAGUAAGGUAACGCUCCGAUAGGCCUGAAUUGAUACGUUCACGUUUCGUAGUGUAAAGGAUCCCACCUCACCGCGUCGGCGGACACUUCUAGGUACGUAGGAACAAUGACUGCAGUCGCUGUUGACUGUAAUAAUAAUGUACUUAUGUAUAAAAGUGGAUGCCGUGGCGUUUUAUCUUCGCACUGCCCGCUUUCCUUAUCCCAUAUAAAUGUCAAUUAAUUGAACGGUGUCAUUGCAAAGCUACGCAUUAAGUUGCGCCACUAUCAUCGUGACAUUUAAACUCGUCGAACCAGAGCUGCCUGCAUUUUGAAAUGCAGUUGAACCCCUUGAAACGCGCUUCCAUGUGUCGGUAUUGUUUUCAAAAUUAAUUGUUCUAAAAGAAAGUGCCAUAUAUAGUGUCCAAUGGGCUUGGGCGUGUAACGGCGCGGCUGGCAGGCGGGCAGUGCGGGAAUUCGUUCACCUAAACGCUUUAGGUAUGAGCGGGGAAGCAUCCACGACACCGCUCAUACCAACAUUAUAAUAUUGUAGUUAUUAUUGUAACUAAUUACGAAUAACGACUUAUUGAAGGGGGGAGCACAGGGGCGGCGCUCGACUCGCCGACUGACGGAAUACUAAAUUAAUAAGCAGAACCGUCCUGCGCCGGCCCUGUACCCCCUUCAAAAUAUACAACAAAAUAAUCAUAAGUAGAAUUUAGACAUAACAAGUAGGUCGAGACAAAAACGUAUUGAUUAACUUUGUUUGAUAUUUUUUAAUUAAUUGUUUUACAAGUACAAAUUUAUUAAUUUUAUUGUUUGUGUACCUACCUUAUAAUUUUUAAAAUGCUGUACAUAUGUAAAAACAAAAUAGAUAUUAUCGUAUACACUUAUUUAUUUAGAUAUGGUAUGAUUGAGGUUCUGAAGAGCUUUUGUCAAUGCUUCUGAGGCACUAGACACACACCCUUGAUAAAUUGAUUUACUUAAAGUUAUAAAUUGGUUGCGACGGAGCUGGUGCUGUGCCGGCGCCGCUCAGCGAGCCAGUGCAGUGUCCAACUGCCCUCGUACAGUAGGUACACGGUACACCCGCGACUGCGCCCGCGCCCUCGUGUCAAUGCCCAAAGCAAUUGCAAAAGUUCAGUCAAUUGUUUUGUACGUAUCCUAUCCGAUAAGAAUGUUUUGACUGAAGGUUUGUUAUGUUCACGUUUUAUUUUCGACUGAGGCACCAAGAUAUCUGUUGAGAUCUUCGUAUCCUGUCGGUUCCUGGAGCGAUCCCACCUAUAGUUGACCAGUCAAUGCGAAGACUGUUUAGUGUUAUUUGUUAUUAGUUAUACUUACCGUGUCAAAUGUCUCAUCGAUAUUUCCUUGCAUGCACGUCGCACUUUUUAUACCUAUUGUUUAUGAUACCGAUUUGUUUCAAAUUUAAUAUCGUGUAAGAACCUCCUAAGAGAUAAGUAUAAAAAUGUACGCUUUAAAGAAAUUGAAAUAAAAUUACUCAUAACAAAUAGAUAGGUAGGUAUGAUAAGGUGUAGUAAUGUAUGUGCGUGCAUGGAAGCGUCUGUACACAGCGCAGGCGCGGCGGCGGAGCGGCAACCGCCCCGCCGCCGCCGGCGCUGCAUUAGUUCACUGCCGACGACGACUAGACUUAAGCUACGUAUAACGACACACAAUAGACCUUGUUUUUAUCAUUUUCUAAUAUGUUCUUUAGGUAACUUCUGCCAUAGCAUACACUUAGAAUGUUAGGGUCGACGAUUCGUGCAAUAAAUUAUUAUCCACCGUUCAAUACGAUUAAUUAUAUGUUAAAAAAUGUGCUCAAUUUUUUCGACUGACCAAGUGUAAAAAUUAUUGGUAAACGAUCAUAUACCUAACACGAAUUUACGCUUUGAUGUGGGUCGACUCGUGUCGCCUGCUACCUGGUCCUUGUCUGAUCUCCUCAUAGAGGUACCUUACGACACAGUAAACGUGUAACGUUGUUGAAGCCCCUGUACUGUCAGUGACAGGACCAGCGCAGUAGACGCUUUACGAGUCGAGAGCGACAUCAGUAAUAUACAGACAUUUUGUUCAAUGGUUACAGUAACAUUUUUGACGUAGUUGGUUAUUGUAAAUAUUAUUCAAUUUGUUUCCCAUGUUUCGACAAACGAUAUGACGCGACCACUAUAUAUCGCACACGAGUAGGUACACAACACGACUACAUUCGGGUAGUUUAUGUAGGUUUUAUAUGCCUAACACUGACUCCUAUUUCCGUUCUUCUUUGAAUAAUUCCACCAACAAGAACCAAACUAUUCAAAUCAAUUAACAUGUGCUGAUAUGAGCAUAUUAUUUGACUCGUUUGUAUGUAAAAAAGUAAGUAAUUCAAAAAUAAUAGACAUAGCUCAAACCAUGUGAUAUCUAGUCUUUUUCCAUUAAAAUUACUUAUCCUUCCUUUACUUACUAAAUAUUACAUUAGACGUAAAUGAAUCGCAAUACGCUUGAUUUGUGAAGAGAUGGACUAGCUAUUACCAUAUAAUAUCACCGACACGAGCAAACACAGUCGGAGCACACUCACACCCUCACGUAUAAAGCACGUCUAAACUAUUUAAAAAUAAUUAUUUAUUUAUUUACACAUAAAAAUCCAAACAAAAUAACGAAGAUAUAGCAUUUUGAAACAUAGCCUAAAGUCAUUCGACAUUUUCUAUAGACUAAAAUGAAAAAGAUAGCAAUAUAUUAGAUUAAUGUAACUAAAUCGUAUAUAUCAGUUUGUAUAAAGGAAAGUAAGUAAAUGAAGUUAUGUGCACAUUGGCAGAUUGUAAUGCGGUGAAACAGGGGCACCCAACGUUAAAAACUUAAGGCAUAUGCACAAUAUCUCAGCACAAUGAUAAUAAUGUACUCGACUAUUCAGUAGGUAUCAUACUCAAAGCAGAAGCACUUUUCUCCAACUCCACAAUAAGUUCGCCUCGAUUGGAAACAAAAUUGCACAAGCCACGUUUUUAUAACUCGAAAUAUCCAUUAUUUUCAUUUUUAGAAUAUUUUUAGUUAUAAGUGUUGAGAUCAUGUGUUUACUGUGUAAGCACAAAAAGGAUUCAAUUCAAAAAAUAAAAAUACAAUAACGUUGCUAUGAUUA